CAUUUUUAUGGAAGGAAAAUAAACAGGYUUUAGGCCUUCAGUGAAGAGAGGUGACAAGAUAACUUUUCCAGCGGAAAUGGACUUUUCGGCUUUUUGGUCUUCCUGUGUGUUGAUGAUCUUGACCGAGAGGAACUUGUGUUAAGAUAUUAUAAGAACAAAAAACUUCUCCUGAAUGUUGUCUCUGCUUCUUUUCUUUCUUUCCUAACUCACUCCCCGUCUGGGACCUUUUUGGACUCAACACAGGAAUCUCAGAUAGAGUUGCAGGCUAUUAAGGAGGCUAGAUGAGUCAAUCACUUGUGAGGAUAUUUGUCUAUGGAACAUUGAAGCGUGGUUUUCCUAACCAUCAUCUUAUAGAGACRCCUCCGUCUGGAAAAGUGACUUACAUAGGAUGUGGUCAAACCUUAGAGAGCUAUCCAAUGGUUACAGGAACAGAUGCUGAUAUUCCAUUCCUUCUCCCCUUCCCAGGCAAAGGAUCGAAGAUCAAAGGAGAGGUUUAUGAAGUUGAUCAAGAUGCUUUGAUUCAUCUGGAUGACCUUGAAGAACACCCAACAUGGUAUAAAAGAAUGGCUUGUGCUGUAAUGCUUGACAGCUCUCAAGAAUUAUCCUGUGAAGCAUAUUUUCUAAUAAACUCAAAGCCAGAAUUAAUGCAAUUGACAUUCUAUAAAGAAUAUACCCAAGAGCUGGCAGCCAGUUAUUGUGAGCGUAAACUAGUAUCAAGGGUUUCAUCAUUAAAAGGUCAAGUUCAGCUUGGUAACGAUAAUGAUUAUAAUACAAUAUGAGUAGAUUUAUAAAGUAACAAUGCAAUUACAGCAAUACGUUAAAAUUCCACGAUAAACAAAAGUAUCGUCUUACCUGAAUGUGGGAAGAUCCCAUAUACCCAGAAACUGAGGGGCUUUUAAGACAGGGCUAUCACACUCCAAUUAUUCCUUGGGUUUAUAAGAUUGGGCCAGUUCAGCAGAACUCAAAUAUGUUUUCAUAGUUCAUGUAAGAGUGUUAAUGCUGUUUAUUGCAAGACGAGAGUUUAUGACAUAAAGGUUUUUUUUAAUACUGCU